GCCAUCGGCACCUACCUCUCUUGUCUUCUGGCCACCUCUGAGCAGCACAGGCGUCUCUGCACAGACCUCGAUCGAAUUCGACUUUGCCUUCUGACUACUAACUCGUGCUGCGCGCAGGACUUGUCGACAUGGCGCCUAUCCCAAUGCUGUCGUUCGCAAAGAGAGACACCUGUCAGGAUCUAAACGGCAUCGACUAUACAUGCGAUGGCUUUGGCGUUGGCCCACGAAUCGGCGUCGGACUGGGAAUCACUGUCGCGAUUCUGCUUGUCAUCGCGAUCUGUUGCGGUGUUGGCUGGAAGAAGCGCCGGAGUCAAGAGCCAGCCCCGAAGAUCACUGCUAUCCAGCUGCCAGAGCAGCCAUAUGACGCGGGAAGAGUUCAAGAGGGUGGAGCCAGGGAUGCUUCGUACCGCAAGCCAGCACCAUCAGAAGAUGGGUCCAGUAACCCUGCUGGCCCUAGCUCGGCGCCCUCUUCGCUCUACGAACAGCCGGCGCAGCCACCGCCCUCGUACCCGAAGCAACCGCCCUCGUAUUCGAAGUAG